CAGCUAGUCAGGAUGAUUCUUCUUGCUGUGCUUUUUCUCUGUUUCAUUUCCUCGUAUUCUGCUUCUGUUAGAGGUCACACAACUGGUCUCUCAUUAAAUAACGACCGGCUUUACAAGCUGACAUACACCACCGAAGUGUUGGUUGAUGGAGGCAAAGGAAAACUUCAAGACAGCGUGGGCUACCGGAUUUCAUCCAGUGUGGAUGUUGUCUUACUGUGGAGGAAUCCUGACGGUGAUGACGAUCAACUGAUCCAAAUUACGAUAACGGAUGUAAAUGUGCAGAAUGUGAAUCCACAGAGAGGAGAGAAGAGCAUCUUCAAAGGAAAAAGCCAACCCAAAAUCAUAGGAAAGGAAAACUUGGAAGCUCUGAAAAGACCGAUGCUCCUUCAUCUAAUCCAUGGAAAGGUCAAAGAGUUCUACUCAUAUCCAAAUGAGCCAGAGGCCAUUGAGAAUCUCAAGAGAGGCUUGGCUAGUUUGUUUCAGAUGCAGUUAAGCUCUGGAACCGUCAAUGAGGAAGAUAUCUCUGGAAAUUGUCAAGUGACCUACCAGGCUCAGCAAGACAAAGUGGUCAAAAUUAAAGCCUUGGAUUCAUGCAAAAUAGAGAGGUCUGGUUUUACAACUGCAAAUCAGGUCUUGGGUGUCAGAGUGAAAGCCACAUCUGUCACUACCUAUAAGAUAGAAGACAGUUUUGUCACAGCGGUGCAAGCAGAAGAGAGUCAUGCUUUCAGGCUGAAUUUCUUACAAACAAUUACGGGGAAAAUAACCUCAAAGCAGAAACUGGAGCUGAAGACAACAGAAGCAGGCCCAAGACUGAUACCUGGAAAGCAGCUGGCCUCUGUAAUUAAAGCCGUUGAUGCAAAGUACACAGCCAUCCCCAUCGUGGGGCAGGUCUUCCAGAGCGCAUGCAAAGGAUGCCUUUCUCUCUCCGAGCAUUGGCAGUCCAUCAGGAAGCAGCUGGAGCCCGACAACCUCUCCAGCGCCGAUUCCGUCCGAAGCUUCCUGGCCUUCAUUCAGCACCUCAGGACCGCCAAGAGAGAAGAGAUCCUCCAGAUCCUCAAGGCAGAGAAGAAGGAAGUCCUACCACAGCUGGUCGAUGCUGUCACUUCUGCUCAGACCUCAGACUCAUUGGAAGCCAUCCUGGACUUUCUGGACUUCAAAAGUGACAGUAGCAUUAUCCUUCAGGAGAGGUUUCUGUAUGCCUGUGGAUUUGCCUCUCACCCAGAUGAAGAUCUCCUGAGAACCCUUGUGGGUAAGUUCAAAGGUUCCUUUGGAAGCAACGACAUCAGAGAGACUGUUAUGAUCAUCAUCGGAGCCCUAGUCAGGAAGCUGUGUGAAAAUGAAGGCUGUAAACUCAAGGCAGUAGUAGAAGCCAAGAAGUUAAUCCUGGGAGGACUUGAGAAGCCAGAGAAGAAAGAGGACACAAUGAUGUACCUGCUGGCCCUGAAGAACGCCCUUCUUCCAGAAGCCAUUCCGCUCCUGCUGAAGUUUGCAGAGUCAGGAGAAGGACCUAUCAGCCACCUCGCCAUUACCACUCUGCAGAGAUACGAUGUCCCCCUCAUCACCCAGGAGGUAAAGAAGACCUUGAACAGGAUAUACCACCAGAAUCGUAAAGUUCAUGAGAAGACGGUGCGCACUGCUGCUGCUGCUGUCAUUUUAAAUAGCAACCCAUCCUACAUGGAGGUGAAAAACAUCCUGCUGUCUAUUGGGGAACUUCCCAAAGAAAUGAAUAAAUACAUGCUCUCCGUUGUUCAAGACAUUCUACGUUUUGAAAUGCCGUCCAGCAAAGUGGUCCGCCAAGUUCUCAAGGAAAUGGUAGCUCACAAUUACGAUCGUUUCUCCAAGACUGGCUCCUCUUCUGCAUACACUGGCUACAUAGAACGUAGUCCGCAUGCGUCGUCCACUUACAGUCUUGACAUUCUUUACUCGGGCUCUGGCAUUCUGAGGAGAAGUAACCUGAACAUCUUCCAGUAUGUUGGGAAGGCUCAUCUGCAUGGUAGUCAGGUGGUCCUUGAAGCCCAAGGGAUGGAAGGCUUAAUUGCAGCCACUCCUGAUGAGGGAGAGGAGAACCUGGACUCCUAUGCUGGCAUGUCACCCAUCCUCUUCGAUGUUCAGCUCAGGCCUGUCACCUUUUUCAAUGGAUACAGUGACCUGAUGUCCAAGAUGCUGUCAGCAUCUAGCGACCCUGUCAGUGUGGUAAAAGGACUUAUUCUGCUAAUAGACCAUUCCCAGGAGCUUCAGUUGCAAUCUGGACUAAAGGCCAACAUGGAGGUGCAGGGUGGUCUUGCUAUCGAUAUUUCAGGUGCCAUGGAGUUUAGUCUGUGGUAUCGCGAGUCUAAAACCCGAGUGACAAAUAGGGUGGCUGUGGUCCUGACUGGUGAGCUUACCGUGGACUCCUCUUUUGUGAAAGCCGGCUUGGAAACCAGGGCUGAGACAGAGGCAGGCCUGGAGUUCAUCUCCACAGUGCAGUUUUCUCAGUACCCAUUCUUAAUCUGCAUGCAGAUGGACAAGUCUGAAGCUCCCUUUAGGCAAUCUGAGACAAAAUAUGAAAGGCUGUCCACAGGCAGAGGCUACGUCUCUCGGAGAAGCAAAGAAAGGCUCCUAGCAGGAUGUGAAUUCCCACUCCAUCAAGAGAACUCUGAGAUGUGUAAGGUGGUAUUCGCCCCUCCAGCAGAGAGUUCUUCCAGUGGAUGGUUUUAAGAACUAAUCGGUGAUAUUUCACGUGAAUUUGUCUUCCGGGAAGGGAUACAAUGAGACGUGGGCUGCCGGAUGAAGUGCUUGCUCUCUGAGAGCAGUGUUUACAUAUUUACAUAUAUUUAAGAUUUUUGUAAAAAGCAAUGG